UCCUUUGCCAAACUCUAAAGCUCAUAAGGAGAAAAAAAGUUGCAUGUUAUUGUGUUAAAAAGACCUCUCUUCAUUGUAAGAUAUUGUAAAUUGUGAAGUGAAAAGGAGGAGAUAUCCAAUAUGGGUAUCUAUCAGUUUCUCUACUUUUACACUACCUCGAGUCUAUCUCCCUUGAAACUCCUCGCACGUCGCCCCGUCUUUCUUGCCACUAUACGGAGGUAUAGCAAGGAAAAUUACGAGCAUCAUGCAGAAGAAAAAGCACCUACCACAGCUGAGGAAUUCAUAAGAGUUGCUGAAGAAAUGGCAGAGGAAAAAGAAGAACAAGUCUUUAGCAGCCAGACAAUAGACAAGGCACAACAUGCCAUGAAAGAGGCUACAACAACUGAUUCUAAUUUUGAAUCUGUCAAAGAAAGUUUUAAAGAGGGAAAAAAAGAAAACUUUCAUAAGAAGGGUGAUGACACUGAUGAUCUCCUUAAAAGUAAUCCACAAAGCCAAAUUAGUAGUUAAAAAUCUGAGUGUGUGUUUUUUAAUUUUGAAAAUCAGAGUUGUAAUUAACUAUGAGUCUCAUGACAUGUAAGUACUUGUAUGUCCUUUCUUUUGAUUUUUUUUUGAUUUACCAGAUGGUGUUUGUAGUUUGUGGAGUUUGGAUUAAAUUUGGAUCGCGC